GUUUACGUCAUCAACGUCAGCCAAGAAGCAUGGGAAAGCCCUCGGUCUGAACAUUUUUGACCUUCCCUAGUUAUUAAGUUCAAUCUGUUUUGGACUGUUCAGGAUGUCGGUCCAUGCGAAAUGGAUCAUUGGCAGAGUAAUAGGGACCAAGAUGCAAAAAACAGCUAAAGUAAGAGUCACGAGGCUGGUCCUGGACCCCUACCUGCUCAAGUACUACAACAAGAGGAAAACCUACUUUGUCCAUGAUGCUUUGCAACAAUGCACUGUUGGGGAUAUAGUCCUUCUCAAGGCUCUACUGGAGGCCAGGUCCAAACACGUGAAGCAUGAACUGGUAGAAAUUGUGCAUAAGGUUGGUCAGGUGGUUGACCCCCUGACGGGAAAGAGGGUUGCAGGAACUGAGUUUGUGGAGCAGCUGACUGACCUACCGCUGAACCUGGAGGAAGACGCUACAUUGCUAGAGAAAAUACAAGAGCUAAACAUUUCUGCUGUGCCAAGUGGUGCUGAUACACCACCAGCACAAACUUCAUCUACUUCAUCAACUUCAUGAUGGAAAACAAUAUUUUUGUAUAUUGAGUAAUGUUGGCUGAAAAGUUUCUUUGCAGUUAUGUCUUUACUGUUGCUCCAUGUGUUUGUAUAAAUAUGAUUAUAGAGAGCAACUGAUUAUUAUACGGUUUUAUUUGAACAACCAUAAACAAUAUGUGAUCUCGUUGUUUUGAUGCAAAGGCAUAUUUCUAAAGUAUUAACAUUAAAGAGUAAAUUAGAAACAUGCAUCUGUGUGCCUGUUUACUUUUGACCCAAGAUUUGAUUGAAAAAAAUAAAAAUUGUAACAUUAAAAACUACUCAUAAACAAGUAUGUUCAUACAAAUGAAUUUUCAAAAACAAAUCUGUGUUUCGCAUUGCUCUGCUGAAUAUGUUAAGUAGUUUGCUAUAACUAAAACUAAACUUUAAACUUGAAAUGAUUUUUGUAUUUUUUUUUUUUUACUUUGCUUUUAUUGUUUGUUAAACAUUGAGUAGAACAAGGGCCGUUUUUGGGCAGUCUUCAAUUUUGACGCCAAGUAACUUAAAUCAAGAAGUGAUAUGUUGCUUUUAAAGAAAAAUAAUAUAAACUGUGUAGCCCCUCUAAAAUCAGUGGUGUUGUUUUAAGACUAAAUUGAAUAAUAAAUUAAGAUGUCAGCUCCUCA